GGGCGAUGACAUCAUUCGCGCCCGGCGGUAGUGGAGGGGGUGCGGUUUCGCUCCGGCUCGGCUCGGCUCGGCUCGGCUCGGCACCGGGCGGCACGGCCAUGGGUCGGGCGCGGGACCCGGGCGCGCAGCAGUGACCCACUGGUGAUGCCGGGUGCGACCCCGUGCGUGGAGCAGCAGCCGUGAGCAGCAGCCGUGCCCGCUGGCCGUGCUGCCCACCACCAGCACCAUGCCCAUCCUCAAGCAGCUUGUCUCCAACUCGGCGCACUCCAAGCGGCGCUCGCGGGCCGACCUGACGGCAGAGAUGAUCAGCGCACCGCUGGGGGACUUCCGGCACACCAUGCACGUGGGCCGGGCCGGGGAUGCAUUCGGGGACACCUCGUUCCUCACCAGCAAGGCCGGCGAGCCGGAGGUAGGUGAGGAACCGGGGGCUUCCAAGCCGGGGCUGCUGUCCCGCCGCUUCCGCAGCAGCAAGCGCUCGCAGUCGGUGACGCGCGGUGACCGGCGGGACAUGCUGGGCUCGCUGCGCGACUCGGCGCUCUUCGUGAAGAAUGCCGUCUCCUUGCCGCAGCUCAAUGAGAAGGAGGUGGACAGGAGCGCGGGGCAGCUGCCCAAGAGCCUCUCCUCCAGUCCCGUCAAGAAGAUGCCGGAGGAGAUGAGCCCCGAAGAGCAGCAGCGUCUCAACGGGGCGGCCGCCGGGCCGCUGAGCCCCGGUCUGGAUGAGCGCGACUUCGGGGACAUCACGGAGCUGCCCGUUGUGGUGGCCAAGAGCGGGGCUGGCAUGAAACACGCCGAGUCCAUCAUGUCCUUCCACAUCGACUUGGGGCCCUCCAUGCUCGGCGAUGUGCUGAGCAUCAUGGAUAAGGAGCAGUGGGAGCAGGAUGAAGACCUCGAGGCGGAGGAGAGCCGUGAGGAGGGGGAUGUUGCUGUACCCGGUUCUCCAGUGGCUGCGCAGAGCCAGAGUCCAUCCCGCAGCGCCGGCGGCCCCAGGGACAGCAGUGCAGCAUCCAGCUGUGCCUCGGGGCCGGGCGAGCGCAGCCCCCUCCCAGUGGGGGCACAGAGCCAGCGGGGCCCUCCGAAGCACCCAGACAAGGAGUUCUCCUUCGCCGAUGAAGAUGAUGAUGAGAUCAGGGUAUAGGGAGGGAGGUGAGCUGAGGGGACUGGUUCUCAUUUGUGAUUGCUUGGACACAGGGAUGGGUGACCCAGUGCUGGGGCUGGCAGCACCAGGAACACUUUGCUCCUCUCCCUCCCGCAGUGCCGGUGCCAUCCCAUGGUGAUAGGAUAGUGCUGCCCUGGGAAAGCUCCAGCGCCUCCCUGGACAAGGAACAGACUCAAUCUUGGUUCUUUCUGUUGGACUUUGGAUGCUAGUGCUCUUCUUUUUUUCUUUUCUUUUUUUUCCCCUGCCCACGUAAAGCAUUAUAGGAUCAAACAAGAUGAGGCUUUGAAGUUUUAGUCCCUCUAGUAAUAUAUAUAUUUUUUUCCACCAUAAGGUUUUUACUGCUCUCCGAUUUGUACUUAACUUUCUUUACUCUUGCUUUUGUUUUUUUUUUAACGGAGGGGACAUUUCCCAUGAGGAAGGACUCAAACUCAGAGCCCUGGGACAGCUGGCAGCUCUGGGUUUCUUAGGGACUUUCUGCAGUCUGAGAGCCGCUGCCUUUGUGCUGCAGUGGGGACUUGCUCCUCACGCUUCAGAUGGAUGCUCCAUCCCAGCAGAGACACACUCCAUACGGCCCUGGCACCAAUUGUGCUGGGAACACCAAUAGGACCGUGGGUCUGUGCCCUGGGAAUGAAUGCCUGGGACUCCCCUGGUCCAGCAUGCUGGUGGCUGCUGCCGUGGGGCUGUGCUGGUGCAGACAGGUGGAAGAAAAAGGUUUUAUACCGUGUAUGUAAAAAUGUGAAGAAUAAAGGAAAUGUUAGUGGCA